AGUCUGUAUAAAAGGGGGCCUCAAGACAUCCACGGAGCAUCAGUCCUCAAAUCAAGGAACCGCAGCAACCAUGAGAGCAUUCAUGAUCGUGGCGCUAGCCGCGGUGGCUAUGGCACGGCCGGAGGCCGGUUACUCUUACUCUCAGCCUAGCGGAAGCUACGGCGCACCCGGUGGAGGACUGGCAGGACUUGGCCUCGGCGGUGGAAUCGGCGGAGGCGGUCUGAGCCUCGGAAGCAGCCAUGGCGGCGGCGGCGGAGGUGGCGGUUUCACAAGCUUCGGAGGCUCCGGCGGCUCCGGAGGUUUCGGAGGCCAUUCGUUUGGAGGCGGCAGCUCGUUCGGCGGUAUUUCCGGAGGAGGCGGCUCGUUCGGCGGAUCAGGCGGUGGAUUCGGGGGUGGAUUCGGUGGCGGAUUCGGAGGCGGCGCCGUAGGCGGCGGUGGCUCCCUCAUCCAGAAGCACAUCUACGUCCACGUCCCACCCCCAGAGGCGCCCGAAGACAGACCCUCCAGGCCUAUCUUGCCCCCAGCGCCCCCACAGAAGCACUACAAAAUCAUCUUCAUUAAGGCCCCAACCCCACCCACCCCCACCGCCCCCGUCAUCCCGGCUCUGCCGCAACAGGACGAGCAGAAGACCCUCAUCUACGUUUUGGUUAAGAAACCCGAUGAGGCGCCAGAAAUCAAUCUGCCAACCAUCGCUCCCACCCAGCCCAGCAAGCCAGAGGUCUACUUCAUCAAGUACAAGACCCAGAAAGAGGUCACGUCCGGCGGUGGUGGUGGAAUCGGCGGUGGAAUCGGCGGAGGAAUCGGCGGAGGAAUCGGCGGAGGAAUCGGCGGAGGAAUCGGAGGAGGACUCGACAGUGGAAUCGGCGGCGGAAUCGGCGGCGGUCACGGCGGUGGUAUCGGCGGCGGUAUUGGCGGCGGUCACGGCGGCAGCGACGGCCACGGAUCGAUCGGCGGAGGCAGCGGCCCCAGCGGACCGAGCUCAAACUACGGCCCCCCUGGUGCCUCAGGCCCCUACUAGUCAACUAUAUUUCGCGGUCCCUUUUCCCCAGCCUUUAAGACCCCCAAAUCCCACUCAUACGAACUCGCGAUGCUCACACGUACACAGACACACAGGGACGAGGCCCGGGACUCGCCCAAUCCCAGUCUCGUUUCCCAUUUGUAAUAUAAUUAUACGAAACGAAUACACUAUUAUUUUUAUACGACUGUAUUAUAUAAGCGAAUAUGAUGAGAGGAUGAUGAUGAUGAUGAUGUUUUUUAUACAUAUUUUUUGCAAGAAAACGGUGGCGAAAUAAAGCUUUUUUAUGUAGUUUUACAUAAAAAUUAAAAAAUGUAUUCAAUUACUAUGUAUGUAUAUGUACUGUAUGCAUAUGCAUUCGUCGCAAGGCCCAAUGAUGUUAAUCAACAAUAUUUUCACCUGCACGCAAAUCUGUACAUUUACAGCUAUUCGAAAACUAUAAUCGCUCCAGUAGCUAUUGCAGUCUCAAGUCGAAAUUUGCUGAAAAUUAGUUGAACGGUAGUAACCUUGCUGGAAACUGUUGCCGGAUAGCUGAAACAGGUAGAAAAAAGAACAUAUCAAUAAUAAAGGAGUAAAAUCGUAGAACGCAA